AUGGAGCGAUUAAGACAUGAGCGUGAAAACUACCUCGAGAUGUUACUGCCUUUGGUAAAAUUGGGGCUGUACACAAGUGAAGAAGUGAGGAAGGUCAUCGAUAGAUGGACAAAACAAGACAUUGCGAAGCGUCGAUAUAAACAAGAAGACACGACUUUCAAAAUGAUUCUUGAACAAGAGAAAGAAGCACGGAAAGAUUUCAUCAAGAGGGUGUCGAAAUAUUAUAUCAAGGAACUCAGCGAAUAUCUUGUUUUCGAUAAAAGAAUUAGUGAUACGUUUGUGUGGUACUUGAACCGGUUCCCAAUAAGGGUCUUGGUAUGGAAAGACUACAUAGCGUUCCUUAUUGAAUCUGAACACGCCAAUCAUGAAGUACUAAAUGCAUUUACUAAGGCUUUCAAGUUCAACCCACGGUGCGACGAACUUUGGACGCUCUUUACGACAUACCUAAGUUCUAUGCCAGAAGAUAAUUAUCGAAAAGUGCUGCAAAGUGUUAUAGCAAACAAUCCGUACGAAGAGGAAGUUUACUUAAUGUACUUCCGAUUUGAGUUGGACCAAAUUCUUACGAAGAAAAAGGUGAUAUUGUUUAACACCGAUCUCGUGGAAAAAAAAGAGGAGCAAAUCAAAGAACAACAAAUAAAGUACGCUCCAAAAACCACAAUCGCACACCAAAAACUUUUAAAAGCAGUGGAGUCGCUCACCCCAUUGUACACAAUUCUUAGAAUCAUUUAUGAGGAAGCCAAAAGCAAAUUGAAAGGCUACCAUUACGUUGUCGGCAUGAUCGAUUCAGUUUACGACGUUCCAGAGUGUGAAGAAUUGAAGAAAACAAUGUUGGAAUACCUCUUCAGCAUGACGGAUAAAAAGGUCGAUAUUAUGAAGGAGCUUGCACUCACUUAUUACGAGAGAAACCCGCAAUUAGGGUUUGAGGUUUUGAAGAACCCUGUUUUUAACGAUGUAAGUGAAAAAGCGAAGGAAAAGGUAUUUAACGAGAUGAGAGGGCUAAGCGGCGAAGAGGUAAAGCCAAAACUGCCCUACGAAAUAUCAAUUGAGAAAAUCAAGAAAAUUGCCGAUUUGAAUGCGAAAUUGAAUGUCAUGAAAACCGAAAUAUUAAACAUCGACAGGACUUACAUCGAACAAUUGAAGGACGAGUGUUUUGACAUAAUAAUGGUUGAGGAAGAGAGUGUAGUAAAGGAAUUCAUCGAUUGGCUUUUGAAGACAGUGUGUAGUUACGACACAUACAUAAAAAUGGCCAAGUAUUUCGAGGAGAAAAAAGACUACAAAAGUGCGCUGAACGUGUUUGACACUGGCGUGAGACUUGGAUGGAUUGCAAAGGGUUCAGCCGAGUUUUGGGUGGAGUAUUUGUUAUUAUGCCGAAACAGUGGUGAUUACAAAAGGGGGCGCAGUGUCCACGAAGCGAUGAAGAAGUUAUAUAAAAACCCUGACGAAGUCGAUGUGAUGUUUGAGAGUAGAGUGAACAAUUGA